UAAUCAUAUCAUGGUGAUCCCAUCAAAAACCCACAUUGCUCUCCUUGCUAGCCCGGGAUUCGGCCAUUUCAUCCCCGUGGUAGAGCUCGCUAAGCGCCUUGCUGGCCUACACGGGCUCACCAUCACGUUGUUCGCCAUCACCCCGGAGGUACACCCGGUCCAAGACGAGCUGCUUCGGUCUGCCACUUCCUCGUGGCCCGGACUCAUCAACACCGUCAUUCUCCCCUACGAAGAACCAACGUUUCCGUCAAACGUGGACCCCGUCCCUCGGAUGUUGGCAAUGAUAAGGAGUGUCUUCCCUUCGUUACGAUCCUCGAUUUCUAGCAUGACGGAGAAGCCUAUAGCCUUGAUUGUGGAUCACUUUGGUACGGAGGCAAUAAGGGCAGUUGCUAACGAGUUCAACAUGUUGAAGUUCGUGUUCAUUUGUACUAAUGCAUGGUUUUUGUCCUACAAUUUAUAUCUACCCUAUGUAAAAGAGGUUAUAAAACGGGGUGAACCGUUUUAUAUCCCCGGUUGUGAACCACUUGUGGGUGACGAUAUACGUGAAUUCACCUUUUUCCCCGAGUACCAAACUCACAAGGACUUUGUUCAUAUAGGGUACGAUAUUGCAUCCUCUGAUGGCAUUUUGGUGAAUACGUGGGAUGAUCUUGAGCCCGAAACGCUUCUCGCGUUUAAGGAUACAAGGUUCAUGAAGCGUAUUGUUAAACCCCCGGUUUAUCCAAUUGGACCGUUGGUUCGAACAGGCGAACCAACGGGUGCAAAACCGGAGAUAUUUAGGUGGUUAGACUGUCAAGCAAGUGGGUCCGUUGUUUAUGUAUCAUUUGGAAGUGGUGGGACCAUAUCAACACAACAAACGAUUGAAUUAGCUUGGGGAUUAGAGUUAAGUAUACAACGUUUUAUUUGGGUGGUUCGGCCUCCAAUAGAAAAUGAUAGUGCCGCUUUCUUACUUACGCCCAUGGAAAAUGAUGCGGAUGGGUUGAUCUCCAAGUAUCUACCAGAUGGGUUUUUGGGCCGAACUCGUGAUAUGGGCUUUGUUGUACCAAUGUGGGCCCCACAAGAGGAGAUCUUGGCCCAUGGAUCAAUCGGGGCGUUUUUUUCUCAUUGCGGGUGGAAUUCGUCUUUGGAGAGUAUUGUGAAUGGGGUGCCUAUAAUCGCUUGGCCUCUUUAUGCCGAGCAGAAUAUGAAUGCGACUAUGCUCGUAAAACACCUUGGGGUCGCAGUCCGACCAGAGGUGAACCCUAGUAAGGAGCUAGUGAGAAGAGAUGAAAUAGCAAAAAUGGUGAGAAGGGUGAUGGUGGAUGAGGAGGGGAUAGGCAUAAGAAAAAGGGUUAAUGAUUUGAAAGAAAGGGCAAAGAAAGCAUUGAGUGAGGGUGGAACUUCCUACAAUGCAUUGUCCGAGGUAGUUAAAAAAAUUGGAGAUUAAAUUUUCUAUUUGUGAAACUAAAGCUUACUAAAUAAAGAGGCUAAGGUUAAUGUCCUUAAAAUUGCUUUCUUUUGAUUUGAUAUUGCCCUAAGCAUUUAGUGGAAGUUGUCAAUUAGUUGACCAUUACAAUAGAUGUACAUUAAAACAAAGGAAGGGGUAUACUUUUAUGUUCGU